GACGAUGGCGACCAGCCCGUUACCCGGUCCCACCGACAUCCUCCUGCCCUCGCCGUCCAGCGCGUACCCGCCGGACCCCAUGAACCAGCCGAGGGCCGGUCACGCCGCCAUGAAGCCCAACCAGGUGGGACAAGUGAUCCUCUACGGCAUUCCCAUCGUCUCCCUGGUCAUCGACGGGCAGGAGCGGCUGUGCUUAGCGCAGAUUUCCAACACCCUCCUUAAAAACUUCAGCUACAACGAGAUCCACAACCGGCGGGUGGCCCUGGGCAUCACCUGCGUGCAGUGCACGCCGGUGCAGCUGGAGAUCCUGCGGCGGGCCGGGGCCAUGCCCAUCUCAUCCCGCCGCUGCGGCAUGAUCACCAAGCGGGAGGCGGAGCGGCUCUGCAAGUCCUUUUUGGGGGAGAACCGGCCCCCCAAACUGCCGGAUAAUUUCGCUUUCGACGUGUCGCACGAGUGCGCCUGGGGAUGCCGCGGCAGCUUCAUCCCGGCCCGCUACAACAGCUCCCGGGCCAAGUGCAUCAAGUGCAGCUACUGCAGCAUGUACUUCUCCCCCAACAAGUUCAUCUUCCACUCCCACCGCACCCCCGACGCCAAGUACACCCAGCCCGACGCCGCCAACUUCAAUUCCUGGCGCCGUCACCUCAAGCUCACCGAUAAAAGCCCCCAGGACGAGCUGGUCUUCGCCUGGGAGGACGUCAAGGCCAUGUUCAACGGCGGCAGCCGCAAGCGGGCCCUGCCGCCCGCCCCUCCCGCCCCCGCCGCCGCCGCCCCCGCCGCCUGCCACCCGCUGGGCUCGCCCGCACCUCCUGGCCGCCCCGCCGGAGCUCCACCAGAAACGACCGCGUUUCGAGGAGGACGAGGAGCUGCAGGAGGCCGUGGCGGCGGCGGCGGCAGCGGCGGCCACGGCGGCAAGAGCCCGCGGAGCUACCCGGUCAUCCCGGUGCCCAGCAAGGGCUCCUUCGGCGGCGUGCUCCAGAAGUUCCCCGGCUGCGGGGGGCUCUUCCCGCAUCCCUACGGUUUCCCCGCCGCCGCCUUCGGCCUCUGCCACAAGAAGGAGGAGGGCGGCGGCGGCGGAGUCGAUGCCCUCGGCGGGGCAGCGGCGCACAAGGCCGGCGGGGGCGCGGCGGGCGGCGGCCUCUCGGGGCUCUUCUGGCCGGGCAGGAAGGACGCCGCCUUCUACCCGCCCUUCUGCAUGUUCUGGCCGCCCCGUACACCGGGCGGGCUGCCGGUACCCACCUACCUGCAGCCACCGCCGCAACCCCCCGGCGCCCUGGGCUGCUCGUUAGGCGACGGGGCGGGCCUGUUGCGCCAGGCCUUCCUGGACCUCUCGGAGCCCGGCGGCGAGGCGGGGGCACCGGGCUUGGGCACGCCGCCCGCCGCCGCCGCCCCCCCGCCCGCUCCCGCCGCCGCCGCCGCCGCCCGGGACCCGCUCUUUGAGUCGCCCCCUGGCGGUGGCGGCGGCGCGGAGCCCGCCUCACCCGCCGCCUCGGAGGGGGGCGGCGGCAGCGGCGGGGGGGGUGGCGGGAGGGUCCCCCCGCACCUGCUGGAGGUGGCGGCCGGGCGCAAGGCGGGCGGUGGGUACCACCACUCCAGCGCCUUCCGCCCGGUGGGCGGUAAGGAGGACUCGGAGAGCUUGGCUAAGCUGCACGGCGGCGGUCCGCCCCGCUCCGCCUCGCCGCUGCAGCUCCUGCUGCCGCCGCCGCCGCCGCCACAGCCCGAGGAGGCGGGUUGCGAGCGGCACCCGCUCCCCCCGCCGCCGCCGCCGCCGCACCCCCCCCACCGCCUCCUCUCCCCCGGCGGCACCAGCUGCAGCUUCGCCAGCGAGGACAGCAGCGAGGACGACGAGGAGGAGGACGAGGAGGAGGAGGACGAGCCCGAGGUGGACGUCGAGGGGCACAAGCCCCCCGAGGAGGAGGACGAGGAGGAGGAGGAGGAGGAAGGCGGCGAGGGAGACCCCCUGGCGGCCGGCGGCCGCUUUCCGCCCGCUCGGGGCCUGGCGGAGAAGGGCGGCCGGGAGCGCCCCGCUGCUGGCCCCUUCCCCCGGCCGCCCGCUGAGGAGAAGCCGGGGGAGGGCCAGGCCCCGCCGCAGGCGCCUCCCGGCCCGCCCCGAGCGGGCAGCGGCGGCAGCAGUCCGGUGCACCACCCGUCCCUGGAGGAGCAGCCCUCCUACAAAGAUAAUCAGAAGAGCAAGGAGACUAAUCAAGUCAUCUUGCCUACAAAAGGGGAUACCUUCUCAGAUAAGAACAAGGAGCAUAAUUUUUUCAUCACAGAUUCAGAGCCUUCAGGAGGAGACUUCUGGAGAGAUAUAGCAGGUGAGCACACACAAGAAACCAAUUCACCUCAUUCACUGAAGAAGGAUGUAGAAAACAUGGGGAAAGAGGAACUCCAGAAGGUUUUGUUCGAACAGAUCGACUUACGGAGGAGACUGGAACAGGAAUUCCAGGUCUUGAAAGGAAAUGCGUCUUUCCCAGUCUUCAAUAAUUUUCAAGAUCAGAUGAAGCGGGAACUGGCGUACAGAGAAGAAAUGGUACAGCAGCUACAAAUUAUUCCCUAUGCAGCAAGCUUGAUCAGGAAAGAAAAGCUCGGCGCACACCUCAGCAAAAGCUAAAGAAGCACAGGGUCUUUUGCAGCUGUAACCUUGUAAGUUAUAAUGCACCACUCAGAAACUUGACUUGUAUAAAGACUGAGAAAAUGGAAGUAUUUGGGGAUUUAAAGAAAAAAUAAAUCGGGUUCCUGUGAACCCCAGGACAAGUGACCUCAAAGCGUCAUGGACAACCAUGUAAAGUAGAAUGUAGCAGCCAUUUAUUAGUAAAAAGAAAACAACAGCAACAAAAAAAAAAAAAAAUGCCUGUCCUGAAUCUUUUUUGGUCGUACCAAAGUUUAAGUCUUUGUGUUUUUAGAAGGACUACUGAACUUGAUAGAGAAAAUGCUUUUGAUGAAUCGUACAGAUAAGCUAUGAAAGGAGCUGCUGAUCCUUUCAACGCCACAAACACUGACAACAUCUGCCAGUUCACCUUUUGCUUUUGAAUAGUGAUUGUUUUAUGGAAAGAAAGGCGCGUCUUACGGGAUGGGCCAGAACCAUGUUUGGAUGGAUGGACAGACGGACAGACGGACGGAUGGACGGAUAGAGCAGCGUUAGCCAUACAUAGCGCUUUUUAAAAGCAGACUGGGGAUUCUCACACCGCUCUCCCUCGGCCCCUUCCUACUCUGGUAUUUUGCCUGCUGUAUGAAUUAAGAUUGUACUCCUCUGGAAAUAUUUUACAAUUUAAUAUUGAGUGUAAUUAAGAAUAUAAUCACUGUUAUCAAAAAAGGUAUUUAACUCUGUUGUAGUUUCUUUAUCAUUCAUGUGGAUAAAAAGUCUAUAA